AUGGCGAAUCUUGACCUUUUUAUACAAAUUGAUCGAGGCUUAAAUCGCAUUGAGAAUCAUAUUAGAGGAGCUGGAACACCAUUAAAUAACCCUAUUAAUAUUAUAAAUGGUAUUAGAAGUUCCUUGAAUGCUGUCCGUCUCAAUUACCAAAAUGCAUUCCAAGAUAUAGAUGGUGUUAUCGCUCAACGAGAUGACAGAGAUAAUCAGAUAGUCCAGUUACAACAGGAUGUUAAUUUCUAUAGACAACGGAAUAUCAUUUUGCAAAAUCAAGUUAAUCAGCUUACCCAAAAUGAUUUUCAGGACCAAGUCAAUCAGAUUACCCAAGAACGAGAUAACUUACAGAAUCAAGUUAAUCAAAUUAUCCAAGAGCGAUAUAACUUACGAAAUCAAGUUAACCGACUUACUCAAGAGCGUAACAAUUAUCAGAAUGAUCUUACUUUGAUGACUACAGCUUAUAAUAACGAACAGGGAGAACGUCGUCGCUGGUGGUUCUCAUAUCGUGAUAAAAAUAGACGU